UGGUUAUUUUUGGUCACCCGGCUCUAGUUUACGAUGUGUUGUUACUUGCAAGUUGGAUUGGGUGGGGCUUGAUAUGCCUCUUCUUUCCAAGAUGCUCUAGCUUUAUAAUAGCCUCACUCACAAUCUUUGCAGAAUCUUGAAUAGGCUACUAGACAACAUCCACAUCUGCCUUUGCUGCUGAGUUCAUCUUCGAAAGUUUUCUACUAUCAGAACCAUGGUGUUCCAUAAGGAGUUCCAGAUUGCAGGAAAGGGGCCUGGUCUUCAGGUAUGGCGUGUGGAGAAGAUGGAUCUGAAGCCGGUUCCUAAACAGCUCUAUGGGAACUUCUUCACUGGAGACUGCUACGUUUUGCUCUACACCACCGCCGCCCCCUCAUACUACAUCCACAUGUGGCUGGGAAAUGAAAGUUCUCAGGAUGAGAUGGGUGCGGCGGCCAUCUUUAGCUCCCAACUGGAUGAUUUCCUGGGCGGCAGCCCGGUACAAUUCAGAGAGGUCCAGAACAAUGAGUCGAUCACCUUCCUGGGAUACUUCAAGUCUGGUAUCAAGUACAAGCAAGGUGGGGUGGCCUCUGGCUUCCAGCACGUGGUGACCAAUGAGAUGAACGUCAAGCGUCUGCUGCACAUCAAGGGCCGCAGGGUCAUCAGAGCCACGGAGGUGGACAUGUCCUGGUCCAGCUUCAACAAUGGGGACUGCUUCAUCAUCGACCUGGGAAAGGACAUCUUCCAGUGGUGUGGCAGUGAGUGCAACCGCUUCGAGCGACUGAAGGCGUCCGAGGUGGCCAUCGAUGUCCGUGACAACGAGAGGAAUGGCCGUGCCAAGCUGCAAAUUGUUGAGGAGGGAGGAGAGCCAGAGGCUGUCAUCAACGCUCUGGGACCCAAACCCAACAUCCCUGCAGGAAGCCCUGAUGACGAGACUGUUGAAAGAGCCAACAAGAAGGGAGCUCUCUACAUGAUCUCUGACGCGGCAGGCUCCAUGAAGGUGUCAGUGGUGGCCCAGACCAGCCCCUUCAAACAAGAGAUGCUCUCCCCCAGUGAGUGUUACAUUCUGGACAAUGGAUCGGACUGCAAGAUCUUUGUCUGGAAAGGACCUAGUGCCUCCACAGAUGAGCGCAAGGCUGCCAUGAAUGCUGCAGAACAGUUCAUCAAGGAGAAGAAUUACCCCAAGCACACCCAGAUCCAGGUGUUGCCGUGCGGAGGAGAGACUACCCUGUUUAAGCAGUUCUUCUGUAACUGGAAGGACAAGGACCAGACCACGGGCCCAGGCCAGGCCUACAGUGUGGGACGUAUUGCCAGGGUGGAGCAGGUCCCCUUCGACUCCUCCUCCCUACACACCAACAAGACCAUGGUUGCCCAACACGGCAUGGUGGAUGACGGAUCUGGGAAGGUUCAGGUGUGGCGUGUGGAGGAUGGUGCCCAGGUGCCAGUGGACCCCUCCAGCCACGGCCAGUUCUAUGGAGGUGACUGCUACCUGGUCCUGUACAGCUACCGCCUAGGAGGCAGGGAGCAGCAUAUCAUCUACACCUGGCAGGGGCGGAAGUGUACUCAGGAUGAGCUGGCUGCUUCUGCCUUCCUGACGGUCAAGCUGGACGACUCCAUGGGAGGCUCACCUGUCCAGGUGCGUGUGACUCAGGGCCAGGAGCCGGCCCACCUGAUGAGUCUGUUCAAGGGGAAGCCCAUGGUGAUCCACCUGGGCGGAACGUCCCGUAAGGGGGGCCAGAGCAAGGUGGGCUCCACACGCCUCUUCCACAUCCGCCAGAGCUCCACCAAGGCUACACGGGCUGUAGAGGUGGAGCCCUCUGCUACAUUCCUGAACACCAAUGAUGUGUUUGUGCUGAAGUCCCCUGACACUGUGUUCCUGUGGAGGGGAGUGGGGGCCACUGAGGAGGAGAUGGCUGCGGCACAGUAUGUCACCUCUUUCCUGGGAGGAGGGAAAGCCACUGUGGUGUCAGAGGGCAAGGAGCCUGCUGGGUUCUGGUCUGCUCUGGGAGGGAAGAAGGAGUACCAGACCUCCAGCGGUCUGCAGAAGAUGGUGAAGCCACCGCGCCUGUUUGGCUGCUCUAACAAGACUGGCAGACUCAUAGCUGAGGAGGUGCCUGGAGAUUUCACCCAGUCAGACUUGGCAACCGAUGAUGUCAUGCUUCUGGACACUUGGGAUCAGGUAUUCCUCUGGAUAGGUAACGAGGCCAACGAAGUGGAGAGGACCGGAUCAGCAAAAAUUGCUAAAGACUACUUGGAUUCGGACCCCUCUGGUCGCCGGGGCAUUGCCAUCACCACGAUCAAGCAGGGAAUGGAACCGGCAACCUUCACGGGCUGGUUCCAGGCCUGGGACCCCAAGAUGUGGGAAACAGACCCUCUGGAGCGUAUCCGUGCCCGUUUUUAAAAUUUACUGUCACUAGGACAACCCCUUCCCCCUGCUCCCUCCCGUUCUUUACCCUCGCAUGGCUUCUUCUCCUGCAUGAUCCUGUACUCCUAAAAACAAGGCCAAGACAUCUGCAAGACAUCUGCGAGCAGUUGGACCCAUAAGCCAGAUGAAACUGGUCCAUUAUAUUGGACCAGUUUACAGUUUACUGCUUGGAUUAGCUCGGUCGUGGAUAUGUUUGUGUUCUAGCCUACUCCAUUGCUGUGAUUGUCAAGCCAAAUGUUUGACAUAACAAUGAGUGACAAGGAGUAUUGUCUUUAUUUUACUAUUUUCAUGUAUAACUGUGUGGAUUCUCAAAUAUGUUAGCUACACGUGUAAAUGUAGCCUUCAAGGGGCAAUCAGAAGUUGCGACAUACAUUUUUGGACUUAGAGAUUAAUUAUGUGUACCCAUUGAUUCUUGAAGAAUAUAUGUUAUAAAGACCUCAUUAGCUUAGUUCAACUGACGUACCCCAUUAGAACCCCAAUAUACGCUUAUUUUACUCCAAUGUUUGUAAACAAUAUAGCCUCAAAACAUUGGUUAAAACUAUAAUUUUAAUAUAAUGGAUGGUCAAUCCUUGCGUCCAUAGCUCUGUCUAUGAAUUUGAGAGUGAUUGCAUUUUUCCAGCCCCAUCUCUCAGCUUUUUGUUACUUUUAUUUUCAAUUUUUUAUUUUUUUAUUUUACACUUAUUUCAAAAAUGUUCUUCACUUCUUAAAGCAUUAUAGGUUAAGGGAUUGUAAAAGUAAGCCUUUUAGCGCAUGUGAUAAAAUUUGAUUUAACAAACCAGGGCUGAGGAGACCGCUUUGUUAUUGUUUCUUCUCUGAUCUCCACUUUAACAAUGAUGGGCAUUUAAAAAAGACACUUUUGCUAUUGUAAAAUUUGCCUAACAAAGUCUAUUUCAUGCUUGUAUACUGUAGUAAAUUAACUUUUGUUAGUAAAAAAACAUCCUGUUUUUUGAAAGAA